UGGGCGGGCAGAGGGGCGGCCGGGGGGCGGGCGGGCUGCGGCAGGCUCAUGGCAGCGCGCAGGGGGCUUCCCUCUCUCUGCUCGGCGGCUGUGUGUCCCCGCGGCGGCAGGGGACGAGGGAGGGAGCGGCCGUCCUCCGCCCCCUGCGCGGCCUCUUCUCCUCCCUCCCUCCCUGGCGGCGGCGGCGGAGCCCGCGGCAGCGGCGAGGCAGCGGGAGCGCCGCCCGGCAGGACGGAGGGACGGAGGCGCUGCUGCGCGGAGGGAGCUGCAUGAGGGUCCGCCAGCCCCUCGGGCAUGAAGGGGGGCGCUGCGCUGCCCAGGAGCCGAGCGGGCGCGCCAGGAAGACAGCUACCUUCAGAUGAUACAGGACUCACUGACAAUCACUCUUGCUCCAGUCCUACUUCAUGAGCACUUCAGAAGAUACUAACUGAGGUGAAAACAAUGGCUGAACAGACUGUUCCUUUCUGUAAUAGCAGUGAGUUGCACGAGGACUAAUCAGCAGCCUUGUGGCUGAGACAGUCAUCUAGAUUUAUAGGAAGCUAUAUAACACAGAAGACUGAUGUAUUUCUAGAGCAGAUGGUACGUGAACAAUACACAACAACAACACCAGGCACUAGCCUAGAGAGGCCAAAGAAUGAAUAUGUCUACAAAAUUGGCAUUUAUGGCUGGAGAAAGCGUUGCCUCUACGUAUUUGUUCUCCUCCUGCUGAUCAUCCUAGUUGUGAAUUUUUCUUUGACCAUUUGGAUUCUUAAAGUGAUGUGGUUUUCUCCAACUGGAAUGGGACAUCUGCGUGUUACAAAAGAAGGUCUUCGUCUGGAAGGGGAAUCAGAAUUCUUAUUCCCUCUUUAUGCCAAAGAAAUUCAUUCUCGAGUGGACUCAUCACUGCUUCUCCAGUCUACUCAUAAUGUGACUGUGAAUGCUCGCAAUUCAAAUGGGGAAGUCACAGGCAGAUUAAAUGUGGGUCCUAAAAUGGUAGAAUUUCAUGGUCAGCAAUUUCAGAUCAACUCAAAGGAUGGCAAGCCACUUUUUACAGUGGAUGAAAAUGAGGUUGUAGUUGGCACAGAUAAACUUCGAGUCACAGGGCCCGAAGGAGCACUUUUUGAGCACUCUGUAGAAACACCACUUGUGAAGGCAGAGGCUUUUAAACAGCUUAGAUUGGAAUCACCAACUCGAUCUUUGAGCAUGGAUGCACCAAGAGGAAUUAAUAUCAAAGCACAAGCUGGGAAUAUUGAAGCUCUUUCCCAGAUGGAUAUCAAACUACACAGCAGUGACGGUGUGCUUUUGCUUGAUGCUGAAACUGUGCGAUUGCCUAAAUUGCCGGAGGGUACAAGAGGCGGAUCUGGUGUUUCUCAGGGGCUUUAUGAGAUCUGUGUUUGUCCGGACGGAAAGCUCUAUUUGUCAGUGGCUGGUGUGGGCUCCACUUGCCAAGAGUACAGCCGUGUCUGUCAAUAAAGCACCAGAAAAUGCCACAUAUUCCCUUGCUAUUCUGAGUUUUAUAUUAUUGCUAACAGACCAUUACUGAAAGCAGAAAUUUAAAAAACAAAGCACUUCAGUUUAGGAAACAAAUCUGUAUCUAGAAACCUGGACUACAGGGUGAAAGGAGAAGCAGAAGAGCACAAAUGACAUCUUAGCUUCAGAAGAAUGACUUCAAUCAAAUGAAAUGUUCUGGCAGUACCAUUUUGAAAUCAGCCAUACGGAGAGCAUCAGAAAAAAAUAAAAGGAAUGUUUCUAACACUGAACUGUUAUUCAGUCAAAUGAUUGUUAUUGUUAAUAUUUUUGAACUCCAUGUUUUUUUCUCUCACUACAUGUAAACACUUACUGCAUUAGUGGGUGAAAUUCAUUUGAAGGAAUUACUUGAACUAUUUGAUAAGACAAAGCAUUAUUUGGGGAAUUCAGAAAGUGCCAGCAAAUGGUCUAUGCAAUUUUGUUCUUGCAAUAACACAAAAUAUGAAAGAAAAUGUGUUUGUAUGAGUUCUGAACCAAAUGUGUUAAUUUUCCGAUAGCUUUCUAUUUUAAUUUGGCAACAUAAAUGUUGAUUUGCUUAUUACUGAGUCACAUAAAAAACAGACUAACUAACAGAAAAAGCUCCAGGAGUUACUAAUUUAUACCUUUCUGUGUCUUCAAAGCUGUUAACGGUACAAAAGAGAAAUGUGUUAGUAUAUUUUAUAAUAGCAAUAGUUUAUUGUACUGCCUGUACCAUAAUGCUCAUUUAGACCCUUUUAUAUUUUAGGACAUGCUAAUUCAACAAGGCUAUUUGCUCUGCCAGCUGGACUAGUAAAAAGAAAAAAAAAUCUUUAAUGUAGCUCCAGCUUGUCUGAUACAAGGAACUGUUUGGGCUGUGGGAGAAAAAAAAUCCUUUUUUGUUGCCCGCAGGAUUUGAUUAAGUGAACUGUCACUUCCAUCUGCAGCUGUUGACUGAUAUUUCUGAUCUUAUCAAAGUGGGACCCCACCACAAAUGGAGAGAGUAAAACUACUCCAUUAUUUUUUGCAUUAGGGCUUUAGAUAUAGAGUAAAUGCUCACCAGAGUUGACAAACCAUUUAUUGACCUUGUAGAGAAACAUGACUGCAGACCCAUUUCCCUGUACAGUGUUGCACUGAAAUCACAAAUAAAUUGUUUGCACACCUCUGGAUAGCAGGAUUUGUAAUUAAUAGCCUGUUGUUUAAACCUCAUGGGUUUUUAAUCCCUUUGAGGCUAUUUUGUAUAUAUUUGAUAAUACUAUUACCCAGUUAGGAGCUGCUGUCACAUAGUGCCUUGGUGUUUAUUUACAAUAAAAGCUUAAACAAUAAUCAUUAUUAAAUCACAGAGUGUCCCUCCUUUAGAGGAAAAAAAAACCGUUCAUUCUUAAGGCAGUAGUAUCAGAACAAAACAAAAGAACAGCCAAGACUACCCCAUUUAUUAAACUUGCUACCUUGGCUCCAGUGGACAAUCAAAGAAACCAACACUGUCAAGAUCCCAAAUACCCACGAGAGACUGCGUGGUGAAAGAGCUCCCAGUUAACAGGAUCUGCUACUAUUGUGGUAAAGCCCUGGGUAGUCCCUGCCUCAAGGACUGCCUUUGUAUUUCAUCCAGCAGUGUUAAUGUACAGUACUGAAAUUGCCCUUCAUUAGCAGGGUGGAGCCCUCAGCAAUUAAUGCAAACUAGAAGAGCUUCAAUAGGAAAGAAUAGGACAUGUGUGAGAGCUGAGAUUUUGGGACCCUUCAGGUAAAGGAGGCAAGCGAAUCAAGGUCUCCUGUGUUAUUUGGAGAGCGCUCUAAUGCUAACACAUUGCCUAAAGGGUAAGUAGGAUGUAACACAUCUUUCAUUUCUGAAAUUCCCUCUUCCUGGGCUUAGACAUCUACCUUCAGGAGUGAGUCCAGGGCUGUUAGCCCAAAAGACAGCAAUAUAUGGCUCUACUACUAAAUAAGGCAAAUAAGCAUUCAACUUAGGCUUUAACAGAAACCUCUUUUCAGCAUUUCUUUAAAGUCAGCUUAGGUGGUUUCAGUUCCACGUGCAAGCUGUUGCAGACCAAAUUAGGAGCAGUCAUUCACUGUACAGAAAGCCUAUGCAUUAUCAGAAAGGAUGGCGAAUUCUACUACAUCAGAUACCUAAAAAUUAUCACUACAAGCAACCUGGAGGGCUGUAACAGUCUUUCACAGGUCUAGUACGACAGCAGGACAGCAAUUUCAAUCUUUAGACUAUUCAGCCACUAAGUAGUCUCAAAGGCAUCUGAAUUAUCAUCUUACAUACAUUUUUGACAUCAAGGAUACAUACCUACUCACUUCCACAUGGUACCAAACUAUUCAUUCACCUAGCUUAAGCCCCAAAUUUUAGCCAGAUAUUGAAAAUAAGUACAUUAGUCACAAUCUGCCUGUUCUGCUAAGCAAUGGAAACAGGGAAUUUUAAAUUAUGAAUUUUAAGCUUUCACUUUGGAGGCACAUUUUAAAAUACGAUUUUCCACUAAAUACAGAGCAAGGGCUUGAGGCCAGGUUUCCCACAUAUCACAAGAAUAACCCCUAAACUACUAGGUAUUUGGAAACAACUACUGUUGAACCUCUUCCACUGAAGUUGCUCCAUUUCAGUUAACAUUUACAUAGCUGUGGUAUUCACCUGGGAAAAUCUCAGUGCAGCUCCCUGGCUAAUAACGCUACUGAGCAUUAUGGCACCUCAGUAAGACAUUGCAAUAACUACUGCCUUUCUAGGAUGAUCAUCCUUUUGGACAUAAGUAAAUUCACAGGUGAAUUCUGUAGUAAGACAGGACACUAAGCAGAUCUCCUGCAUCACAGGCCAAGCCACCAUCCAAAUCACUGAUAUGUCCCUCUGCAUUUUUUCAGCUUCAGUUCUCAUUUUCACUAUGCUACAAAAUUGACACCGAACACAUAGUUGCAUUGCUUAAGCUGUGAAGGCAAAAACUACAGGUUUUAAAAAGUGUGGGUGGCAACUUCGUUUGUCACUGAAGAACAUUUGGGGAUUUUUUUUUUUCCAUUCAUGGUGAGCAGAGAAAUAAAGCUAUGGCUAAAAUUAUCACAAUGUAAUCAAGCUGAUGCUAACAUCUGAAUUCUUGUUGACCUCAAUGUAGUCUGUACAUCACUAAAUUACCAUUUCUGAUAUCUCCAUGUGGACAUCUUUCUAAGUGUCUUUAAUACUUGUAAAUUAUUGUUUCCCUUUGAAUCAAACAAAAAUAAUUGUUACAAAGUAACAGAAAACUAUGGCACAGGAAAAUGAGAGUUUGCACUUCUCUAGUUUAUUUUGAAAAGUGUCAUGCAAAUGGAAGAAAAAAAUACUACGCAGCAUAGUGAACUGUAUCAUUUGCAUAGAUAUUUUUCCCCCCAAAAAAUGAUUUACAGCAGUUCCUUUUAUAAUUGGGAUUACUACACAAUGAAAAAAUAAAGAGAUCAGAAUGGUAGUAAAUAUUGGAAGUGGCAAAACACAAUCCUCUGUUUCCAUUUCAGUCCUUUAGUAUUUAUAUUUGUCUAUAUAGCUUUAUGCAGAAGGAAACGGCAAGAAUUACCUGAAAACUGAAUUAUUGAAUAAACUUUAUAUGUUUUGAAAA